AUGUCAGUUUUUCACCGAUAUAAUGCCAAUUCCUACUCAGUUACUCCGCCUACUGCAACAGCUCAUUCCGGCGUUGUCAGGUAUCCCGGAGAUCUAGACUUUGGAGAACAUCUGUACGAACACUGGGCCACAGUUAACAUUGAUCUUGCGAGAACUGGGACUCUGUUGUCGUACCGGAGUGACACAUCUGGAGGCCAAAAUGGCGCCCCAGUCCUUCGAAAGCGGGACGAUGGUCGACUUGAAGCAGUCGGAGUUCAUGUCGGUGGUGGAUAUCCCAAUGUCGGAUCUGUUAUUGGGCCGUAUGGGAACAGUUUCGAGGAGUUCAUUCUUGCCCUAGAUGGCAAGGAUGAUGUAAUCAAGUCACCAACUGUCACGAUUGCUCAGACAAAGGGACUUGCUCCUGGUUUCCAACUACUGUCUUUCCAGCCGCAAUCUACCCAUACGAACCCAUCUGAUUCAACUGCCGAUGUUCUGGGUGGGGAUAAGGGCUGCUUUGACGAAACAAGCGGCCUGGACCGCCUUUUAGGGAAUUCUAUACUCAGGUCUGACAAUGGAAAGGCAACUGGGAAACACCCCCUGCCGCCGGUUGACUUUGACAAAGCGUUCAAAAACGCGAAGGAUCUAGACGAUGUCAGGACAACAUUCCUCAUCAACUUUACAGAGCCUCUAGAAGGAAAGGCUCUAGAAGUCCAACGAAAGCUAAUGUCGUCUAUCAAGACGUGGCAAGCAUGGGCAACUAUAAACUGCGAGGCUAAGGUCCAGCAGCAGGUUGAUGCUGGGGCAUUGCCAUCAGAUUCCAAGGGUCAGAAUGCCAGAAGUAGCUACAGAGCCAAGGUUUUUGACUUUCUUUUCAACCGCAGAUAUGUCAUUCCAACAUCGGUUUUUGCAAACCUGGAAAAGCUGAUUAGGCAAAUUGCAGAAGGAAUAAAGCUUUCUGGCGAAAGUAGUCGAGAACAACAGCAGUACUGGGUUAUGUUCACUAGGUCUGAGUACGAGGAAAUCACCCAGACCGUCCAAGCUGUAAUCCGGGUUAUUUCCUUCAAAGUCACUCAAGACGCCAAACACUAUGCGUCACGCAAGGGGUCCUAUGACGAGGUCUCUUUCAAUUUCAAUUUCCAUCAGUAUCAGGCAGAGUUUGUCGAAGCAAUUUUUGAUGGCGUUAAAGACAAGAUGGACAAAAGGCAGAUCGAACAGGGUGAAGAGCUUCUUGAGAAUCGCAUCACGGACGUAGUCGUUCCAACCAAAUAG